CAUGGCGAGUUUCUUGAUCAUGGCUCUCCAUCAUAAAUGGUUGGUCUUCUGUGGUCCAUGUUGAGAGCUUACGCUGCCUUCGUGGCAUUCAGCUGCAGACCUACGGAAUGUGCGUAUACUGCCGCUUAUGCUGAAGCGCAAAAAUACUCUGCCCAACGGGCGCCGUCGCGUUUGCUGCCUGCGCGCGUCUCCAAGGAUAAGAAGACGCUUGGAUGCAUCCAAUCCGGAUUUAGUUUUUAUUUGAACUAAAUACCGCUUUAUAUAUUGUAACGUUAACGUUUCUUCGCCCUUUUUUAUGGUGUGUGUGGAUUCUGCUUAUAUUGAACGUGCUAUCGGUGUAUGAAGUCCCUGUUGCGUUGCUGCUGCGGAAGACAAGAACAAGAGCCGAACUCACAGCCGUGGAAUCGAGCGAAUCAAUUUAGAGAAGAGAAAAUGAGAAAUAGAUAGAGAGGUCGGGGGACUGGCGACAGGAGAGGGAUCGAAAGGAGAAGAAAACGUCGACCUCACGCCGCAGCAAUUGAAACAGAAAGUGAGGAGCAUCUACCAUCCACAGAGAUACGCCAAUCAAGAGCAGAUUCACCAAACAUCUACUUUGUUGUUCUAAUAAUUGUCAUGGGAUCUACAAAUACAUAAUUCCCUAAAAAGCUGUGCUGAAAAUUAGACUGCCUUUUAUAUUUACACUGACAUUAACAUAGUCAAGUGAGGAAAUAUAAAUGAUAAAUCAAUAGAACAUUUAACAUCUAACAGUUCUUCGCAGUUAUUAGAAAGACUUGAAAGGGAAGAAUAGAAUGGAUUGGUAACAUGAACAACAAGAGAACUACUUAAUUGUCUUGUAUCAGAGGGGACUUAUCAACAUAUUAGGACUAGGGGUGGGUCAUGACCCAUUUGCCAUGCGUGUUGUCAUGGUGACCAGCCCCUCCACCCCUUCCCCCCUCCUCUGGUUGGUCCAGAUUUUACUGUGGCUCCACCACCAUGGACCUCAGGUAACAGAGGCCGCUCCCCCAUGUCCAAACCCCUGUAGCUGCUCCAAUCAGGCAAGCCGAGUCAUCUGUACAAGGAAGAGUUUGGUAGAAGUCCCGGACAGUAUUUCUGUGAACACAAGAUACCUUAACCUACAAGAGAACACGAUUGAGGUGAUAAAGUCUGACACAUUCAAGCACCUGCGGCAUUUGGAAAUCCUGCAGCUUUCCAAGAACCACAUCAGACAAAUCGAGGUGGGCGCGUUCAAUGGCCUACCCAACCUCAACACCCUGGAGCUCUUCGACAACCGCCUUACGCUGGUACCGUCGCAGGCCUUUGAGUACCUCAGCAAGCUGCGGGAGCUCUGGCUACGGAACAACCCCAUCGAGACACUGCCUGCGUACGCUUUCCACCGCGUUCCCUCCCUGCGCCGUCUCGACCUGGGCGAACUACGGAAGUUGGACUACAUCUCUGAGGCUGCCUUCGAGGGCCUGUUCAACUUGCGUUUCCUGAACCUGGGCAUGUGCGGUCUGAAGGAAAUACCCAACCUCACACCCUUGGUCCGACUGGAGGAGCUAGAGCUGUCUGGCAACCAGCUGGGGAAUGUCCGGCCCGGCUCGUUCCAAGGCCUGGUGUCGCUGCGCAAACUGUGGCUCAUGCACUCCAAGGUGACGGUCAUUGAGCGCAAUGCCUUCGACGACCUGAAGAACCUGGAGGAACUCAACCUGUCCCACAACACCUUGCACUCGCUGCCCCACGAUCUCUUCACCCCGCUGCACCAGUUGGAGCGGGUGCACCUCAACCACAACCCCUGGGUGUGCAACUGCGAUGUCCUGUGGCUUAGCUGGUGGCUGAAGGAGACGGUGCCCAGUAACACCACAUGCUGUGCCCGCUGCCACGCGCCCCCAGGCCUGAAGGGCCGGUACAUUGGUGAGCUGGACCAGAGCCACUUCACAUGCUACGCUCCUGUCAUUGUAGAGCCACCCACUGACCUCAAUGUCACAGAGGGCAUGGCUGCUGAGCUGAAGUGUCGCACUGGCACCUCCAUGACGUCUGUCAACUGGCUCACCCCAAAUGGCACCCUCAUGACGCAUGGGUCGUACCGCGUCAGGAUCUCAGUCCUUCACGAUGGAACCCUGAAUUUCACCAAUGUGACUGUGCAGGACACGGGCCAAUACACCUGCAUGGUGACCAACUCCGCCGGCAACACUACGGCAACCGCAGUGCUCAACGUGUCUACCUCAGACUCCAGCAACCCUUUCAGUUACUUCACCACCGUCACUGUGGAAACCGUGGAAACUAACAAUGGGGAGGAUUCUGCUGCAAGGCAGUACAUCAACGAAACCUACGUACCGCCAGAUUACCUGGGUCCAACUGUUUCAGGAGGGGUACUGGGUAAAGGCAGGGCUGGAUUCACCAUAUCUCCAUCUCGCUCAUCUCUCUCCUCUCUGUCCCCGCGAGCCACCAGAGCCACUGAAAAGGCAGUCACAGUGUCGAUAAUGGAGGUCACGAACAUCCCUGGCCUGGACGACGUGAUGAAGACCACAAAGAUCAUCAUUGGCUGCUUCGUGGCCAUCACCUUCAUGGCGGCCGUGAUGCUCGUGGUCUUCUACAAGCUGAGGAAGCAGCACCAGCUGCACAAGCACCAUGGCCCCACCCGCGCCAUCGAGAUCAUCAACGUGGAGGAUGAGAUGGGUGCCGGGGCCGGGAGCGGCAUCUCAGGGGGAUCGACCAUGCAAUCCGGGUGCGGAGGAGACGGAACCUUGAGGAUGCAUCACCCGGAAAUAGUCAACCUUCCCAACAUCGGGCGAUCAGAGCAUCUUAACCAUUACUACAAGGCCAAUCAUUUCAACAACAACGUGAUGGGCCUGAGCAUUGGGACAGGGGCAGGCAUCAGUACUCUAAGCAACAAGAACAACCCGUCCCCACUGAACCAGCAAGGCCAGGAUAUCCCCAUCUCCUGUACACAGGUUCCAAUCUCCUCAGCCACUUUCCAGACCAUGUCCGGAAAUGGCGCCAACACCAACCCUCUUUCCGUUUCCCCACCUCUGCCGAUGUCCCUCCCCAUGUCCCCCAUGGGAUUACACGGAUCGAUCAAGGGUUUCAUGGGCCAGAACCAGAAUCCACAAAUGGAGCCUCUUUUGUUCAAGGGAAACUCAAAGGAAAACGUUCAAGAGACUCAAAUCUGAAAAAAAAGAGUGAGGAGAGAGAGAGUGCAAGGGAAAGACAGAGAGGGGAUUGAUGGCCUCUUUACGUGCCGAACGAUUAAACACUACAGCGCAUUGACAUUACACCAGGAGAGGGGAUAGACUGACACUGCAAUACACAAACGCAUAGACUGGUCAGCGACAGUGUACUGAGCCAAGGAUUACCACAAUGGGAUACUUGUGUUUGUAGUAACGAUCACGGCAAUGGAGUUCAAAAGCGAACAUCGCUACAAUGUAAAUCUGUGCCAAAGCAAAUGUUUCUUGCCGUUUCUACGAGUUGUAUUCCCAUAGAAGACAACGCCUUUCCAAGUACUGUAGCUCAAUCCCCCACGUUGUGGUUGGCCAGUAAAGUCCAGACUUAUGUCACGCACAGCACUUGACCACAUUGACGUUUGGAGACAUUGCAGGGAACAAAAUGCUCGAGACAAUUGCUCUUUCACAGAAAAAUACUUGUGCAAGACACUCUCUCGCAUGAACUCAAUAGUCUCCCCUCGAGGCUGUAGGUAGGCAGAAAUGGAAGGACAAAAGGUACAUACAGUACAGUACAGUACAAACUACUGUGAAAGUCACACAGAUACAUAAAUAUAUUUUCAUUUGAAUAUGUUACAUUGCAGACUCUAACGCAGAGAUAUUUUGGAGGAUGUACGAGCUGUAGUCGUUUGUUUUGUGAGUGAUCAGGGGCGGUGAUUGUGAAGGUUGAUUAUAACGAUACAUAUGUUUUGAGUUUGGCUACUCCUCGAAUACAUAAGGGCUCAAUUGCAACACUCAUUGUGAAUCUAUGAAUUUGGCUGCCAUGAGUACUGAAGAAUGGCUGGAGAGUUCCCCCAGUUUUCUGUUUGGCGAGGGUUUUUUCUCUCCCUGUGUUUCACUCACUCAACCGUGACGAUAACUGGACACUUCUGUUCUUGUUUGUUUUUGAGAAUAUAUUCCAUAUGUUCCAGCAGGCUACUUGAUUAUUCAAAUGAGAGCUCCAGAUGCCAGCAUAUACGUGUACCAUCAGCAAAUUUAGGUGAAAUAACAAAACACAUCAACAGUGAGCUAAUACCUUGCAAAGACUUGUAUGGGAAAUGUUGACAAAGUGUAACUCGAUCAGUAGCAAGAGAUGUGCUAUAAGUGGUGAAUUUGAUAUGAACUCCUUUCUCAUGGUGACCAUUUUGAUGCCACAUAACGCUGUCAUAAGGGUGAUUAAAUGCCUGUCUUUGCAAUGGCAUUCAGUGGGUGGAUUCGACCACAUUCUUUGGUUUAGUGGAACAGAAAUGUACGAUAAUAGUAUUUGGUUGUAUGACAAUAGUACGAACCAACUUUUUACGGUGUACCUUUCAUGUGUUCAUACCAUUUUAAAGCUUUGCGCAUUUGAACUAUGUCUUCAAUGAUUUUUGUUUAGUUUGAUAUAAUGUGUACAGUUGUCUAGCCAUGUAUCAUUCACAUGAAAUAAAUAAAUCAUAUAUCGAGGUCUGGGCGGUCAAUGGAAACCAACUGAAAACAUGCAGUAGUUCUAAAAAGUGAGUAGUAGGCUAUAUAUUUCAAUCUAGGUUGAACCUAUAUGGUAUACGAUACACCCAUUAGUCAUCUUGGUAAUCGUAUUAUGAUGUCUGUUCUUUUAAUAUCUCAAGACCGGCUUUUAGUCAUUCUUAUGAGGGAGUUACAUUGGCAUUAAAAGGCUGCUUUAAAAUGACACAGGAUCCGGUUUGUCUCCUUAACCCCAAGAAAGUGAUGUGAGUCAACACGGGAAACGGAUAUAAAAAUGGUUGUUGCAAACUGAACACGCCAACUCCAUUCACCUGAAAGACGACUUGAGAUUUGACGUGUGGUGGUAACGCUACCCGCAUAAGUCUUUGUGUAAUAUGGAGGUGAUCUUGCACCAACAUGCUGCUCUGUGUAAUUUGCAAACCACUCAACAAUCGCUAUUGCUGCACCCCUCUCUCCUCGCGGUGCUGCAUACAUUUUCAGUGCUUGAGUGGGUGGGGAAGGCUGGUUCUUCUGAUCUCGUUGUUAUGCUCCCGUAACGAGUGCAUCGUUUUUUUUUUCUCUCCAGGAAAUAAUGAUUCUGAUAAUGAUCAAAAACAACCACGAUAAUAGUAACAUUAAUAAUAAUAUGAUCAAUUCUGAUAGAAUUUGUGAUGAUUAUCUCUCGUACAUUUACACCUGGAUUUAAGUUAGUUUGAUCAGCAUUAAGAUAAGAAAGGAACAUGCCGAACAUACCAGUAACGGGGCAGAAUGACUUGUCGGUGCAAUUUUGUCAGCUCUCAAUGUCACUCAGUUUAUGUGCUGCCUGUAGUCUUUCUGAGAUGAGACAGGCAAAACGACCGACCAACCAAGGAACUAUUAGGGAGUUGUAAAAGCAAGGUUUUCCCUGAUGUUUUACACACAUUUUCAGUAAUUAUGGCACUCCUCCUCAAAAGGAGUGAAGUAGGAUGCUGAUAUAGUAUUUUAGUAAUGUGGCCCGGCAGAGAGUUCAACUGUUUCCCCACUGAGACGUUACUAGAAUAUAAAUGAAGACUAAAAACUCCAGCAUAUGGCUGCACUGUUGAUGACAGUUGAUGUGCUACAUUUUGGUAACUGUGCUGUCAGAUUUCAAAGAGCAUAUUAAGUACCUCCUGAAUAUGCUAGUAGAACAAGAAAGUCCUUUCUUGGAAUUAUAAUAUUUGGCAAUGUUUGAUGAUCAAUAUCAAUAUUGUAGCAUCACUGUUGUUGCGAUUGUACCAUUGGAGAAACAAAUCUAUUAUUUAAGCCAUAUUACUAUUAACGUUAUUAUGUUAUUAUUAUUAGAAUUAUCAUAAUUAUCUGCCACCCUGUUAUACCCUGAAGAUAGUGGUGUAGUGUUUUUGAUGGCGGAAUUACAAAACAGGAAGUAUUAUACAGUUACUACUAAGUCAUGCCCCGGGUAACAACAUCAGAAGAGAACACAUGAACUUUGACAACUAUGUCUCCUUCACUCUACUUCACAGAAGAAGAAGAAGAUGGCCUCUUGCAACAGAUGGAAUACUGAGUGUGUCGUUUGUCCCACCUCUUGUUACAGCUGGAUGCUACAGCCCAGAUGCCAUUUCAUUUGGUGUGUGGAGCAAAAAUUGGAUAACUUACACAAGAAUGUGGAUUACUAUUACUUCAGCCACAAAAUUGUGAGAAAAUAAUGGAAUACUGUAUUCUAAACCACAAACUGACCUUUUGGUACAAGAUUCCAUUUGAUAAACAGAACAAGAAACUGAACUAGGUUGUUGUUUGGAAAGCUUUUUAAUGAUGUGAAAUACAUGAAAUGAAGCUAUAGAAAACAUAUAGAUUUCCUUAAAUGCAAAAUAAUAAAAGUGUCAUUUUUGUGUUCA